CAACUACAUUAGUGUGCCCUAAAAAGGAAGGCAGUGUUGACUCGUGUCUGUACCGUGUUUGUUGUGUUUCGCGCAAACGAUCUCGUGCCAUGUUCACCGCCAAUUGGUGGAUAAAUGUCAUUACGCCAUGUACAAUAAUAGUUACGAUCGCUUAUUAUUUCUGCGUGUCGACCUUCAAGAAAUGGGAAAAGCUAAACGUGCCUUACAUUAAACCGAUUCCGUUGUUUGGAAACUUUUUGAAUAUAGCCUUGGGAAAGGAACAUCCGUUGGAAUUUUACAACAAAAUCUAUUACGAGUUCGCCGGUCGCAAAUAUGGAGGAUUGUUCCAGAUGAGGACGCCUUAUUUAAUGGUUCGCGAUCCAGAAAUAGUCAACGAUGUGAUGAUAAAAGACUUCUCGUCUUUCCCCGACCGUGGUAUUUACUCGGAUUUUGCGGCCAAUCCGUUGUCGAACAACCUGUUCUUCAUGGAAAAUCCUCAAUGGAAAACAAUAAGAAACAAAUUGAGCCCCGCCUUCACGUCGGGAAAGCUGAAGACGAUGUACGAUCAGAUCAAAGAGUGCGGCGACGAAUUAAUGAAAAACAUCGAUAUGGAUAUGGUUAAAAACGGCGACGAAAUAGAAGUAAAGGACAUCCUGGGAAAGUAUUCGACCGACGUCAUCGGCACUUGCGCUUUUGGGCUCAAGUUGAACGCCAUAAAUGACGACGAAUCCCCAUUUCGUAAGUAUGGCAAAUCGAUAUUCACACCUUCACUAAGGACUCUUUUCAGAGAAUUGUGUUUGAUGAUUACUCCUGCACUUUUGAAAGUCGUAAGAGUGAAAGAUUUUCCAACGGCUGCCACUGACUUUUUUCACGCGGUGUUUAAAGAAACAAUGACGUAUAGACUUGAAAACAAAAUAGUCAGAAAUGACUUCGUUCAAUGUUUAAUGCAAGCAAGAAAUGAUUUAGUUUUGAAUACCAAUUUACCUAAACAUGAAAAAUUCACUGAAUCACAAAUUGUAGCAAAUGCUUUUGUGAUGUUUGCUGCCGGGUUUGAAACUGUAUCCACUACUGUAAGUUAUUCUUUAUAUGAAUUAGCAUUAGAUAAAUCUAUUCAAGACAGAGCACGCGAAGAGAUUCAACUAAAACUGUCCAAAAAUGACGGACAAAUCAACCAUGAAUUUUUGAUGGAUCUUAAUUACUUGGAUAUGGUUAUAGCGGAAACGCUCCGUAAGUACCCUCCACUGGUUGCUUUGUUUAGAAAAGCAUCACAAACAUAUAGAAUACCCAACGAUUCUUUAAUAAUUGAAAAGGGCCAAAAAAUAAUAAUUCCAAUUUAUGCAAUGCAUUACGAUAGUAAGUAUUACACGGACCCUGAAAAGUUUAUUCCUGAAAGAUUUUCAGCUGAAGAAAAAGCAAAACGGCCAAGUGGCAUUUAUUUUCCAUUUGGCGACGGACCUCGAAUGUGUAUAGGAAAACGUUUCGCAGAGAUGGAAAUGAAAUUGGCUUUUGUUGAAAUAUUAACCAAAUUUGAAGUAUUUCCAUGUGAAAAAACAGAAAUUCCACUAAAAUAUGCUAAUAAAGUUUUAACAUUGAUGCCAAAACAUGGGAUUUGGCUAAGAUUUAAUAGAAUUAAUUGACUAAUGAUUAUAAUUUAAGGACAAAAAAAUCACUACCUAAUGCUUUACUCAACUGUUAACCGGAAAAGUUGAUUUUUAUUUUAUAUAGAGAUAUUUUUAACAUAACUUCAUGCCUUAUAUCUUAAUAUCAUAAACGCGAUAAGGGGAGGGGGAUUGGGGGGACUUCAGCCCCCUCACUUUUAUCCCCCCCGUUUUUUAAUCAUAUUUUAGUUAGAAAUAAUAAUUAUAGGAGUUUGUGCUGUUGAUACAAUUUUAGUCCCCCAACCCCCAGAAAAAUAUUCUUAGUUGCACCUAUGAUGUACGUGCGUAUUUGUAUUUUUUUCACAAAGUUACCCUAAUUCACCAAAUUGUAAAUGGGUAUAUGCCGUAAACCCAUUGUUGUGAUUCCAUUAAAUUUCAACAGGUGCAAAACUUUCACAAGUCCAAUAAUCAUAAACACAAUUAAUUAUAAGUCAUAUUUGAAGCCAUUGCUUUGCUCGCGUACUUUGAUUACAUACAAACAUCAAAAUCUGUUUAUUUUUAAGACUAUACCUAUAAUAUAUGUAUAAGAAUAUGCUAUGUUUAGAGACACGGACGUCCGUGUUGUAAAAAUGCAAUAUUUUUUUGAAACAAUAAAUGUUAUUUUAUUAAAAUUAAGUAUAUAGCUUAUGAAAAUAACACUGCUAUAAUUGAUAAUAGUAUUCACAACAUUUUUAAAUAUGGUUAUCAAAAUAAUUCAAUAAAUCAAUGAAAUAGUAUUGUUUUAAAAAGAUUUUAUUUGAAUAACAAAAUUAUAUAAUAUUCACAACAUUUAACUGUCGGUGUAAUAGUUUUUGAAUUAAGCUGAUACAAUUUUUAUUAAUGUGUUGUAUAUACUGAAUACUCAGUCUUUAUAAUAAAGCAAACGUUAUCUCAAAUACGUUGUUAUACUCAGCAAGAUGUGUACAAAUGAAAAUAAACUCUAGGAAAUCCUUUAAUCUGCUAUUAUAAGAAUAAGUCAUACCAAGGGUUUCUUGAUAAAAAUCAAACACACAAUUUAAGUAGGUUGUUAUGUCUCACGUUUUAUUGUUCACUAUGAAUUAAUUUAGAGCUCUUAUUUUACGUCUUAAUUCAACUACAAUAUUAUUAUCAUUAUUAUUAUUAUUACCUAAGAAUUUAAUACUAUAGGUGGCAAAUAAAUACCACCGAGUUAUGUAAAUUUCCAGAGUACAGAGUAGAUAACUAUUAAAGAUAAAGGGCUGAAUCUCUUCACAUCUCCUAGCAAAUGCGAUUCUAACAAGACCCUAAACAACAAAAUUCGUUCUCAGAUUUCGGAGAUCUACGUUGCUAAAGAUAUAAUUAUCAAAAAUUGACUAAUUUUGUUGACGAUUAAAAAGGAAAUUAUUUUUUAUUACAUUUUAAAAUUUCACAUUUUGAAUAUACUUGACACGCCUAAUGAGCUACCGACCAUCUUUCUAACUCUAGUAGUUUAUGAAAAAAGUUUAAAAAUUUAGGCUUUUUGGGGUUAAACACUGACGUUUCUCUGGAUUCAUAUCAUUGUAAUACUUGGAAAUGAUACGGACCUAUUUGGUUAAUAUCUUAUAUUAAACUUAACUUGAAUACCCGCCGGCCACCAACUCUUUAUUACUGAAUUACAUUAUUACUAUUUUUUCUUCUAAUUAUCAUACUUACUGGAUUGAAAAUCAAGAAAAUAUUAUAACUCUUCUUGUUAACAUUAAACACGUUUUACAUUAUAUUGCCUAAUAAAUGUAUUUGAAGAGUUGGUCGAUUAUGAAAAUAAUAAUUUAAUUUGCUCAUUAAAAAUAAAUUGUGUGCGGUUGAAUUCAUCAUGUAAAAAUGAAUGUAUUUCAAACAUUUAUAAUAUCUACUGUGUAGUAAAAUUGCAUGAAUGCUUUAUAUUGUUUUUUUGUAAAUUCUGAAAAAAUAAAUAAUAUAAUAUUUCGAUUGGUAAGCUUUAACAGUCGAUACAUUUUGGAUUCGACCACUCAGUUUUCAUGUAUUGUGUACGAUUAAACAAAAAAGAUAAAACAAUUUUUGUAAAUACUAUGACAAAAAUAACUAAUAUAAAAAAAAUACCUAUUUUUGCAUGACAAAAAUUUAAAUUAUUUUUAAUACAAUACUGAUACAAGAUAGAUAUUUUUUUUACGUUUUGACUAAUUGUUUUUGUAUUACAAAAAUCAUAUGUAAAUUAAAAGGGUUUAUUUAUAUGGUACGUACAACUACGUACUAUAUGUGUAUGAUAAGGUCUUUGAAAGAAUUGUAUCUAUAAAUAUUAUUUUUUGGUUCAGUUAUAAUAGUAUUAUAAUAUAGUAAUUUUAUUUCAAGUUUAAUAUGUUUGUAAACACAAAUAGUUAACUUAGUUUAUGACUCGAGUGCCUUACUCAGACAUUUUUUUUACCUUAUAUAAACUAUUAUUCAGCUCUGGUGUAAAUUCAUACUAUAAGAAUGUUGUCUAAAAAAUGGGUACCUACAAUAAGUUUUCACACGUUCAUUUAUUUACAACACCUAAAAUAACUUAAUGAAUGCGGCAUUAUCCGGUUUAUUUCGUUAGUCAAAGUUUUUAAAUUCCUUUAACGAAAAUAUACAAUACUUUUUUAUUUACACUUCAUGUAGGUAUGCAAUAAUGUUAAAAUCCGAUUAAUUUGUGUUAUUAAAAUACAUUUUCGAAACAACA